GCUCUAUUUGACGCCCUGUGACCCGCCUGCCGGAAGCCGGGUGGCUGACCAUGGCGACAGUGGCGGAGCAGUGGGUGCUGGUGGAGAUGGUGCAGGCGCUGUAUGAGGCUCCAGCAUACCAUCUUAUUCUGGAAGGAAUUCUAAUACUUUGGAUAAUCAGACUGGUUUUCUCUAAAACCUACAAGUUGCAGGAGCGGUCUGAUCUUACAGCCAAGGAAAAGGAAGAACUGAUUGAAGAGUGGCAGCCAGAACCCCUCGUCCCUCCUGUCUCGAAAAACCAUCCUGCCCUCAACUACAACAUCGUUUCCGGCCCUCCAACCCACAACAUCGUGGUGAAUGGGAAAGAAUGUGUAAACUUUGCCUCCUUCAAUUUUCUUGGGUUGCUGGCCAACCCUCGGGUUAAGGCCGCGGCUUUAGCGUCUUUAAAGAAGUAUGGUGUGGGUACCUGUGGACCCCGAGGAUUUUAUGGCACGUUUGAUGUCCAUCUGGAUUUGGAAGAGCGCCUGGCAAAAUUUAUGAGGACCGAAGAAGCCAUCAUUUACUCUUAUGGAUUUUCCACCAUAGCCAGUGCGAUUCCUGCAUACUCUAAGCGAGGGGAUAUUGUUUUUGUGGACAGUGCGGCUUGCUUUGCUAUCCAGAAAGGAUUACAGGCAUCACGCAGUGACAUUAAGUUAUUUAAGCAUAAUGAUGUAGCUGACCUGGAGCGACUGCUAAAAGAACAAGAGAUUGAAGAUCAAAAGAAUCCUCGAAAGGCUCGUGUGACUCGGCGUUUCAUCGUCGUUGAAGGAUUGUAUAUGAACACUGGAACCAUCUGUCCCCUUCCAGAACUGGUUAAGUUAAAAUACAGAUAUAAAGCAAGACUCUUUCUGGAGGAAAGCCUUUCGUUUGGAGUCCUUGGAGAGCAUGGGCGAGGAGUAACCGAGCACUAUGGGAUCAGUAUUGAGGACAUCGACCUAAUCAGUGCCAACAUGGAGAACGCUCUAGCGUCUGUCGGGGGCUUCUGCUGCGGCAGGUCUUUCGUGGUCGACCAUCAGCGGCUCUCUGGCCAAGGAUACUGCUUUUCAGCUUCCUUACCUCCUCUGCUAGCCGCUGCUGCCAUCGAGGCCCUCAACAUCAUGGAGGAGAAUCCAGGCAUUUUUGCAGUUUUAAAGAAAAAAUGCCAGCAUAUCCAUAGAUCUCUGCAAGGCAUUUCUGGUUUAAAGGUGGUGGGGGAGCCCCUUUCCCCGGCACUUCACCUGCAGCUGGAAGAGAGCACCGGGUCUCGGGAGAAGGAUGGGAAGCUACUGCAGGAAAUCAUCACUCAAUGCAUGAACGAGGGCAUCGCGCUGACUCAGGCACGCUACCUGGACAAGGAAGAGAAGUGCCUUCCUCCUCCAAGCAUCAGGGUUGUGGUCACAGUGGAGCAGACGGAGGAGGAGCUGGAGAGGGCUGCGUCCACCAUCAGGGAGGCUGCCCAGGCUGUGCUGCUGUAGGCUGCGGCCGAUGCUUCCUGCCACAUCCCCUGCAGCAGAACUGCUCGGAGACCUCCAGCUGGCCAGGGAGUAGAGUACUGCUGCCCGGCGUUGCAGCUGUGCCUUGAGCGCGCAGCUGUCACCAAUGGAUGGUUUUUACAAGAAGACAGACGACAGAAUAGAACUGUAUUUAUAUUGUGCCGUUUGGUCCGUUUGGAUGCUUUACUGUCUGUCAUUUACAUUUGUUUUCGUUUAAAAGUGGAGCCUCAGUUUUCCUUCCCCCAUCUGUGGUAAUGAAUCCAAAAGCCUCCUCCAUAUUUCGUAGAAAAGGACUUAGCAGCUAAGAGGAACUCUCCCUGUACCACAGUGACUGUGGGAGAGGGAGUCAACUGCGUCUUCCCAAGUCCCUCAGGUGGAGCUCAGGGGUGGCUGCUGUGCGGAGAACACUUUCUGCGAGUUAGAGAUUUCAUAAAGCGUAUUCGAACCCUAGAAACUAUGUGCACUAGUUACUGAAUGUUAUUUCUAGUCUGAGCUUCACUAACAAAAUAUUCAUAGUGCUUCCUAAGCAAUAAUCUGAAUCAAACGUUAUUUUAUUUUUGUGUAAUUGACUUUAUAUUUUUAUAUAUUCUCUGGUCGGUUUUGGGAAGAGGGUUAUUAUUCUGGCCCCCAAAUCGUGCCCUGGGUAUUUUUGAAUAUGUCAGAUGUCCUUUUUCAUGGUGGUUUUGUCCAGGAGCAGAGAACUGUGGGCUUUUUCUAAGCUGAGAAAAACGAGAACUUCUUUUCAUCCUAUAAAUUCCAGAUGCCUCAAAAACAGGAAUGCUCUGAAAGUGACGUCCGAGCUGUAUGCUGGCUGCUGGUCUCCUUGGCCACCAUGGUGAAUGGUGGGAAGGCUUGUGAUAUGUGCCACAGAGCGUGUCCACGGAAGGCCGUCACCCUUCCCUGUUGCACAGGCAGAGGAAUCAGGUCAUUUAAACGUCGUUUUAUGAUGUGCAUUCGUGUUAACAGUGAUCAGCAUCUUUUUAAGUGAUCUGUGACAUUUUUAAUGUUUCUAUUUCAUACGUGCCUUGUGAUUGCUGCUGCUGUGAGGGUACGGUCCUGUCUGGGAUGGGUCUGUUUUGUUUUGGUUUUUAAUGAAAUAAACCUCCAAGAGCCUAUAUUCCUGAAAA